AUGGAGGAAAAUUCUGACGGCGGUGAUGGUGGAAAUGACGUGGAGUUGUUGUGCAAGAUAUUACAGGAAGGACACAAGUUUUUUUACUUCGACCUGAAGGAGAAUCCACGCAGACGAUACCUAAAAAUCUCUGAGAAAACAUCGACAACAAGGUCUACGAUAAUAAUACCAUUCAACGGCAUCUCAUCGUUCCUUGAUCUCUUCAAUUACUAUGUCAAUUCAGACGACCAUAACGUGUUUAGCAAAGAACUCCAACAUGAUAUCAAGGUGUUUUACUUUGACGUAGGAAAGAAUAGGCGAGAGCGCUUUCAUAAGGUCUCUGAAGCAUCCAUAAGCAGGACACGUUGA